AUGGGCAAACGGAAGCAGUCGAAAACGGAAGAUGAGGUGAAGGGUGUGCAAAUAGAAAAUGUGGCGGCGGCAGCUCCGAAGAAGCGUCGGCUUGCCAAGCGCACGAACCGGGGCAGGGUCGCUGCAGCCGCGGUCCAGACUCAGGAGCAGACCGGCACCUCGCCGCUCGGGGUGCUCAACGACGAUUGUCUCCUCCACGUGCUGAGCUUCAUCGACGGUCCGGAGCAGCUUUUGCAGCAGAGGGCCGUGAGCCGGCAUUGGGGCAGCCUCGCCUCGUCCGACCCCCUGUGGCGCCCCCGCUUCCUCCGCAUGUUCGGUCCCCACGUCUUUGGUGCGGCCGACGAGGAGCUGGCGAGGAAGGGAGACAAGCCAGUCUCGCGGCGCUUCUCCUACUACGCCGAGGAGGAGGAAGAUGAUGUCAACCACGCGGGGCACGCCGAAGACGAUGAGCACCCGGACUGGGAGUACUCGGACGAGGAGACAGACGAGCCUCAGAACGAGGUCGCACCGAAGAAGCAGAAGCAGAAGAAGAAGAAGAUGAAAAAGACAAAGAACGAGUCGAGAGGCUGUGGCCCGGUGGACGACUCGAGUCUGAAGGAGUCCAUCGAGCAUGUGCGCCGUGCGCUUGAAUCGAAAGGGAGCGCUGGUGGCCCAGAGACGGUGGGCGGCACCUGGCUCUACCGCUACAUCGCCACGUGUCGUCUCAUGCCGCGCCUGAGGCUGCCCCACGUCACCGACGCGCUCAAAAGCAAGGUGACUGACUGGUGCGCUAGCACGGAGGAGAUGGAGGUCUCCCCCUAUUACUACACGAGCCGACUGGAUUUUUGUGUGGUUGAUCUGCCCCACUACCCUCGUGGCGACGUUCACUACCGCCUUCACCGACUGGCGGUGCUGUUGUCCCUUCUGAGCAUCAACAAGUACGCGCCCAAGCCGGGCGAUGAGAUCCAGAUCGGCUACGCUGGCAAAAGCUGCACGAUCACUCUGGCCCGAUUCUGCUAUGCCUUCCUCCAUGGCAAGGAGCGGAAGCUGGCGGAGGAGCUGGACCUGCUCAGCCCGCCGCCCGCUUGCCCGGACACAAAGAAAAUGAAGACCAAGGCGACGACGACGAAGAAGAAGGGUAAGAAGGCACCGAGUGAGUCCGAAGAUGAAGUCGACGACGACGAUGACGAUGACAAUGAUGACGAAAACGCGCGGAAACCCCCGAGGCGCUAUGGUUGGCGGGAGUUCAAGGAACCGGCGCUCAGCCUCAACGUCGUGGGCGACUUCACCCCGUUCGCCUACUUCCUUUCCGGCCCCUACGGCCAGAAGACGCACUCAUUCGACACGACCUAUCCCUGUCUCGACGACAACGAGGAGAUCUUUGGCUCCUCGUCCGACAUCCAGGCCUCCUACUGCUUUCGCACCCCUAAGAGAGGGUGGGCGCCGGGGUUCUUCAACGCUUCGUUCUCCUGGUACAGCCACGCAGCCGUCAGCACGUUCUACAACCCCACGCGGCGGCAGAUCCUCGUCAUCAAGGCCCUGGAAAAGGAGAUGGUGUGGUAA